UUGACAGCCGCGCAUGGCUAGAAAAACAAAAAAAGCAUAAAGUUAAUUUAUAUUUCUCUUACAAAUAGUUGGUUUUAAUUAAAAGUUUAAAUACGAAAAUGGUUAACUUACCCGCGACACAAAAAGAAGAUAAGCGUGUAUUUUUUGAGAACGCGCAAAUGGAUGAAAUGGCACAGCAUUUUGUUGGGAACCUGUAUAGAUACCGCGAAAAUAUAGUGGUCCCCUCUAGUAAUGGUCCAAUACAAAUAAAAACGAAUGAAGAGAAAAUGAUUGAAAAGACAGUGGAAAGCUGCGCCUUCAAGUCUAUCACUGCCUGCGUAAUGGGUUAUGGUUUGGGUGCCGCUAUUGGUUUGUUUAGCGCCUCGGUAAACCCAAGUCUCACAGAUCCAUUGUUGCAUGAAAAGAAACAGACAGCACGUGAGAUUUUAAGAGAUAUGCGCAAAACAACACAUGGUUACGCCAAGAAUUUUGCCAUGAUUGGCAUGGUUUUCUCAGGCGUAGAGUGCACAAUCGAAAGUUAUCGAGGUGUUACUGAUUGGCGGAACGGUACCUAUGCGGGCGCUGUUACGGGGGGUCUGAUUGGUCUGCGUGCUGGCGUUAAGGCAGGWAUUGUGGGUGCUGCCGGUUUCGCUGCCUUUUCAACGGUCAUUGACUAUUAUAUGCGCCAUCGCUUGUAGAGAAAUAAUGAAAAAUCGUCGAACGAUUUUUCUAUUGAUUAAUAAGUGUGUUAUUCUGUUAGCUGUGGUUACAAAGUGUAUAAUAAUAAAGAGUCGAUUAUUAUACAGUAAAUAAGAUGAAUUUGUAAACAUCAAAAAGCUGUUAUAAAUAAUUUCGAAUUAUUUAUAAUCUCAAAUAACUCAACAAACUAACUGCACUCUUCAUAUAUACAAAUAUUUUCAUAUAUGGCAAGAUAAUGUGUGUACAUUGGUUAACUUACCUUUAUGCAUUAUGUUUAGCCUGGACUGCAAGAAAAUUUUCAAAAAACAAUGAUURUUUAGCUAUCUGUGACAUGGUUAUCAAAGAUAUAAUCGAUUUUUUGUUUAUUUAUUGUUUAAAGAAAAGUUUUUAAAAGCAUUAUUUAAAUUCUGCGAUGUUAUAACGCCUGCUUUUAAAGCGAAUGAUUUUUAAAGCAGUGUGAAUUGUAUUCUUUACAUAAAAUUAUUGGUCAAAACAUAGAAAUUAAAAAUAAAAUUAUAGGGUCCCAUUGUAUAUACAAUUGAAAAAAAAGUUAGAGAAAAA